GUAGCGCACAAAGAAAUGGCACUAUUCAGUUACUUGCACACACCCUUAAGAUGUGGGAAUGGUACAUCCCAGCCAGCCGAGCAGCGCUCGCGGAAGAGCCGCCGUGCGCACGCGCUCCGAGCACUUCCGUCUUGUUCCCCAGAGGAAGCAGAAAUGACAGCGACUCUGCGGCCCUACCUGAACGCCGUGCGCGCCACGCUGCAGGCCGCCCUCUGUCUGGAGAACUUCUCCUCCCAGGUGGUGGAGAGACACAACAAGCCAGAGGUUGAAGUCCGGAGCAGUAAGGAGUUGCUGCUGCAGCCGGUCAUCAUCAGCCGCAAUGAGAAGGAGAAGGUUCUGAUCGAGGGCUCCAUCAACUCCGUGCGCGUCAGCAUCGCUGUCAAACAGGCCGAUGAGAUUGAGAAGAUCCUGUGCCACAAGUUCAUGCGCUUCAUGAUGAUGAGAGCGGAGAACUUCUUCAUCCUGCGGAGGAAACCCGUGGAGGGCUACGACAUCAGCUUCCUGAUCACAAACUUCCACACAGAGCAGAUGUACAAGCACAAGCUGGUGGACUUCGUCAUCCACUUCAUGGAGGAGAUCGACAAGGAGAUCAGUGAGAUGAAGCUGUCCGUCAACGCCCGCGCCCGCAUCGUGGCUGAGGAGUUCCUCAAGAACUUCUGAGUCUGGCGCCACUCCCUGUGCUGAUCGUGGGACCCGGAUGCCCCCACAGGGAGGGGGCAGGUGUGGAAGGGGGUGUGACCAGGAAGUUGUGAAGAGCCACUCAGCAAGGAGAACUAGAGAAGAGACCAAUCCAGUAAGGAGGGAGCGUGUCCACCUCUGGGUCAGUUGACCUGACCUCAUGAAUAUUAAUAUUUGUACAUACAUUUUCACAGCCUCAUUACACUUCUGCCUUUCAGAACAAAACUAAAUAUCAGGGCGGGUCCUUAUUGAUUAAACUGUUAAUAUUCAUGAUGUCAGGAAAACUGGAGAAUUUUGUUCCAGUAAUUUAAACGGCUUUUUUUGUUUUUAUAUAUACUUGUUUUUUUUUUUUGUUACGCAAACUUGCAAUCCUGAGUUGUUUUGGUCUUGAUCAGAAAAAAUUAUGUACGCUUCUAUUUUGACACAAAAUCAGAAGAGAAAAAUAUUGAUGAAACGCUGACGAUAACAAUAAAAAUACAGCUCUGUC